CACACCUCUCUCACUCUUUUUUCUUGCAAACCCAAAACUCUCUUUUUUCUCUCUCUUCAACUUUUACUACUUACUAUUACCACAAGAGCGUGUUGUCUACAAAUGAAGGAUUUGGAUUUGUGCAUUUGAGAUAUCAUAUGGAGAAGAAAGACAUGGGUCUAAGUGUGAAGAGUGAGGAUGUUGUUGAUUCCUCCUCAUCUUUGCUAAAUAAUGGUUAUCAAUUUUCAAGCGUGUUUGAUUUCUGUGAGGUUGAAAGGAGUUCUUCUUUAGGGUUUAUGGAGUUACUUGGUGGUCAUGACUAUAGUCCUCUCCUUGAUGUACCACAACUAUCAACCAUGUCUACUGUUAAGGCUUCAUCUGACACCACUGGAAAAGAGUGUUCUGAGGUUUUGAACCAGCAACAACCUGCAACUCCUAAUUCUUGUUCGAUUUCAUCAGCAUCUAGUGAAGCAGUCAAUGAUAAUAAAACUCUUGUUGACCAAGCAGAAGAAGAUGAAGAAGAAGAAAAGCAAAAGACAAAUAAACAGUUGAAAACGAAGAAGACAAAUCUAAAGAGACAGAGAGAACCAAGAUUUGCUUUCAUGACGAAAAGCGAGGUUGAUCAUCUGGAAGAUGGAUACCGAUGGAGAAAGUACGGUCAAAAAGCUGUCAAAAAUAGCCCUUUUCCAAGGAGCUACUAUCGUUGCACCACUGCUUCAUGUAAUGUCAAGAAACGUGUGGAACGUUCUUAUACUGAUCCAAGCAUUGUAGUCACAACUUAUGAAGGCCAACAUACACAUCCAAGUCCAACUAUGUCCCGUUCCGCCUUUGCCGGAGUUCAAAUACCACAACCCGCCGGUGUAGUCUCGGGUGGAUUUUCAACCACUAACUUUGGUUCAGUUUUGCAAGGGAACUACUUAUCACAAUAUCAUCAACAACCCUAUCAACAUCAACAACUACUUGUUAAUACAUUGUCCUCUUUGAGUCACCCUUAUAACAAUUCUUCAUCAUUCAAGAAUUCACCUUUUACUACUCAAGAGAGAGUACAGCUUUGUAAUCCAGGAACAACUGCAUUUCUUAGGGAUAAUGGGUUACUUCAAGAUGUUGUUCCUUCACAUAUGUUGAAAGAAAAGUAGAUAACUAUAUAUGAUUUGAUAAAUAACUUCAUUAUUGCUUUCUAUGUUAUUUAUUUCUUUUUUUAGUAGUAUAUUUUGUUGCUGACUUUUUCUAUAAGACUUAGGUAACAACUAUGUAAUUUUUCUUCCUAAUAUGACUGAUAGGUGGUGAUAUUGGUGAUGAUCAUACUUGUAAAGUCCACUUUAUCUUUUUCCAUGUAGCCCACAUAAUCAUGAUUAUUGUACUGUACCAUGAUGGAUCAUGAUCCAAUGCAGGGUCUGGUUGUUGUUCUACUUUAAUAUUAGUAUCUUAGUAUAGAAUUGAAAGAAAAAAGGAACAAAGUUAUGUCAUUGGUGGGGUUGUGCCGUGAGGGAAAUUGAAAUGGUAAAAAAAUAGUGAAGAGUUUUCUUCUAUAUCUAUUUUUAACCAUAUGAUUUUGACUUCUCAUUUGUCUUGUAUUUUUGUUUCUUUUUGAUGAAGGAAUGUGCAUUGAUUUCA